AUGGCAGCAUGCAGGUCUCUCGCGAGACAGUGCGCUCUCCAGCUGCGCCCUUCGCUUCGAUCGUUUGCGUCUCCGGCGCGUCAGUGCCUCCCUCGUGUUAAUCCGGCGCCGCGGCGCAGGGCGUAUGCAACCUCCAUUGCUGCUGCCGACCUCCAAUUCGGCCAGCCGUUGCACGAGACUCAUCCCCACCUUCUCAGUCCCGGUGAACUCACCCCCGGAAUCACCGCCCUCGAAUAUGCGCAGCGUCGGUCCCGGCUCGCCAACAAGCUUCCCAAGGGCGGUGUCGCUGUACUUGCAGCCUCAGAGGUCAAAUAUCGGGCGCCGGGGAUCUUCCAUGAGUACCGGCAAGAGACCAAUUUCUUCUACCUGACAGGAUUCAACGAACCCAACGCUCUAGCCGUGAUCGCAAACGACGGGUCUGGCGAUAACCAUAUUUUCCACCUCUAUGUACGGGAAAAAGAUCCUAAGGCAGAGCUUUGGGAUGGGGCACGGUCCGGCACUCAAGCGGCAGUGGAUGUCUUCAAUGCGGAUGAGACCGGGAACAUCGAAAAGAUCGGAGAUAUUUUGCCCAAGAUUGUCGCCGGUGCCACAGAGGUAUACUCGGACAUCCCCACAUUCGAUGGAUCGAGAUCAUCGCUGCACCGAUACCUUUACGGACCUACUGUUGCGUCCGAGAAGUUGAAGAAGAUUGUCGACCACCGGAGAGUCAAGCCAUUGAAACCACUGCUCAAUGAAAUGCGAGCAUUCAAGAGCGAGAACGAGGUUGUACAUUUGCGCCUGCUGGGACAGGCAUCUGGGAGAGCAUUCACCGAUUCGAUGCGAAAGACCUUUGACACCGAGAAGGAGCUAUCCUCGUUCCUCGAGUACCAGUUCAAGGUCAAUGGGUGUGAUGGUAGCGCAUACGUUCCCGUCGUGGCAGGUGGACAUCACGCGCUGAGUAUUCAUUACACGCGUAACGAUGAUGUUCUUAGGGAUGGAGAUUUGGUGCUAGUGGACGGCGGCGGUGAGCUUGGAAGCUACAUCUCUGAUAUCACACGCACUUGGCCCGUGAAUGGCAAAUUUACAGACCCUCAGCGGGAUUUGUAUAACGCCGUUCUGAACGUGCACCGGACUUGUCUGGCACUGUGCCGCGAGAGUUCCAAGCUCUCUUUGGACAAGCUGCAUGGUAUCGCCGAGAAUGGCCUUCGAGACCAGCUAAAGCAGCUCGGAUUCGAUCUCUCUGGCAACGCCAUGAGCGUCCUAUUUCCCCACCACCUGGGCCAUUAUAUUGGUCUCGAUGUGCACGACUGCCCUGGAUAUUCCCGAGGAUAUGAUCUCAAGGCUGGUAACUGUAUUACUAUUGAACCUGGUAUCUAUGUUCCAGAUGAUGAACGGUGGCCCGCCCAUUUCAGGGGCAUUGGCAUUCGCAUCGAAGAUAGUGUGUGCGUGAGUGAUGAUCACCCGAUCGUCUUGACUCCCGAGGCCGUCAAAGAGGUCGUAGAUAUUGAGGCUCUGCGUAGUUAG